AUGCCGUCGUCAGAAAUAUCCAGCUCCACGCUGUCGUCAGAAAUAUCCAGCUCUACACCGUCGUCAGAAAUAUCCAGCUCUACGCCGUCGUCAGAGAUAUCCAGCUCUACACCGUCGUCAGAAAUAGCCAGCUCAACACCGUCGUCACAAAUAUCUAACACUAUGCCGUCGUCAGAAAUAUCCAGCUCCAGGCUGUCUUCCAGUUCCAGCGCGUCUUCAGAGGUCUCCAGUUCUAUGCCGUCGUCAGAAAUAUCCAGCUCUACACAGUCAUCAGAAAAAUUCAGCUCUACGCCCUCGUCAGAAAUAUCCAGCUCUACACUGUCGUCAGAAAUAUCCAGUUCUACACCGUCGUCAGAUAUAUCCAGCCCUACGCCGUCGUCAGAAAUAUCCAGCUCUACGCCUUCGUCAAAACUUUCCACAUCUACGCUGUCGUCAGAAGGGUCUAGUUUUACGCUGUCACAAGAACUGGCCAGCUCUACGUUGACUUCGGUGACUACACAGAGCUCAACCCAUUCAUCAGCAAAAGCAAUAUCCAGUACAGUAUGGUCGAUUAUGUCAACGCAAUCGUCUGUAACGUCAACUUCUGCCACGACGGCAGGAAGCUCAGAAUCCAGAUUAUUGCAGUCUGUUAUGUCUUUGUCGUCAACGCAAUCGUUUACAACGCCAACCUUAAUCACACAGACAACGACAUCAUCCAGUUCACUGGCAUUGUCUAGCACUUCACUAUCGGUGGCAAGUUCCACCCAUUUGCCAACAUCGACAGAACCUAGUUCAAUGCAGUCGGCACUUUCUUCUUCCUUAACACAAUCGUCUACUCAAAACCAAAUGAUACCAACAACAAUGACAGCGUCCAGUUCAUAUCAGUCAUUGACUUUGUCUAGCGCCUCGCAAUCGGUUACCGUGUCUACCCACUUACCAACAACGACAGAAUCUAGUUCAAUGCAGUCGACUGCUGGUAUGUCUUCUUCGCUAAAACACUUUUCUACGCGAAACCAAAUGACGCCAGCAGCAACAACAACACCCAGUUCUACGCAGAUAUUGUCUACCACCUCACCAGCGGUGACCAGCUUAACACACUUGCCAACAACGACAGAAUCCAGUUCAAUACGAUCAACUAUGACUACGUCGACACCAGCGUCUACAACGCCAAUGCCGUUCACGCCGACAAUAACGACAAUAUCAAGCACAACACAAACUUUGUCUAGCACCUCACAAUCGAUGCCCAUCUCUAAUAAUUCGCCAGCAACGACGGAGCCAACUUCAAUGCAAUUAACUAUGGCUUCUUCGUCAACACAAUCGUCUACGCAAACCCAAAUGACCCUCAUAGCAAAAACAACGCCCAGUUCAACGGGGAUAUCGUCUAGCACCUCACAGUCGGUGCCCACAUCUACCAAUUUGUCAACAACGACAGAACCAACUUCAGUGCAAUCAGCUGUGUCUUCUUCGUCAAAGCAAUCGUCUACAGCACAAAGCCAAGUAAUGUCAACAACAACCACUACGCCUAGUUCGACUGAGUUGUUGCAACUGUCUGAAUCUACACAACAGACAACGCAAUCUCCAUCAGAUACGACAGUGGAAACACUUCUACCUAGUCACUCAACAGUGUCCACGGUGCCUAGGACUGUACUUUCCUCGACCAUUGGAAGCACACCGCACUCGUCUACAACGUCCAACACAAUGCAUUCAACAUCAUCAAUAGCCCAUUCAAGUUCGACGCAUUCACCCAUUCUUAGCUCUACCGGUACUUUACACCCAGUAACGUCUACUUCAUCCAGUUCAACGCAGUCACCCGUGACUGCUUCGUCAACGCAGUCGCCCGUGACUACUUCGUCAAAGCAGUCGCCCGUGGCUGCUUCGUCAACGUUAUCAGCAGCGCAGAAUACACUGCAGUCAAAAUUAUCGACGAGUUUUAACUCAGCAGAAGCGUCGACAAUCUCUCUAGAUUUAACAACACUUUCUAGCUCUAUGGAUUGGUCGACAAAAUCUGCCUCCGCAGAUGUAUCAACCGUUUCUAGCGUGAUGGAUCCGUCGACAGAUUCCGCGUCUGUAGAUUUUUCAACCGAAUCCGCCUCACUAGAUGUGUCAACAGUUUCCAUCUCUGCUGACUCAUCCACAAUUUAUAACUCAUUGGAUCUAUCAACAGUUUCUAUGGUCCCUUCAGAUUUAUCAACCACUGAAACUCUGUCAACGUCAACAACUGAUGAAUAUGAAGAUUCUGUUAAUGUAACCACUGAAUCCACAACAGAAAACCCCGCCACUACGGGUUCUAUGGGUAAUGCGACGGGUAACUGUUCCCCUGGGUCGGGUUACUGCUACCUGGAUUUAGGGGAUUUAGACUCGGCUGUUAUCGAGUAUUGUCAGAUUUCUCGAAAUAAAACAUACAUCAUAUGAUCGAAAAAAAAUUGAGGAAAUAAAAACAAAAGUCCGCCAUAUAGGCCUACUUGCCUUGAGGAGUAA